AACACUACUAAAGUAAUUUAAAUAACUGUCAGACAAAAGUCAAAACAUUAUCUCUUAUAUUAUAAACUGAGCAUGAUUUUUUUCUAUAUUUUCGUUAUUAAAUGAAAAUUAUAGUUCGAUAUGGUUUUUCCUAAAAUAGAAGGGUAUGUUGUGACUGAAAGACUGGGGUCUGGGAGUUACUCCACCGUCUACAAGGCGUAUACCAAGGUGGGAGCCCGCACUACAGUAGCAAUCAAAUGCAUAGACAAGUCUCGCAUCAAGCACUCGGGCUCCGCAGUGGACAACCUAGUCACGGAGAUCCGGCUGCUGAAGACGCUGACACACCCACACAUUGUUCACAUGAAAGAGUUCACGUGGGAUGACAAGAACAUCUACAUAAUAAUGGAGUACUGCUGCGGCGGCGACCUCUCCAAGUACAUCCAGCGCUACGGCCGCGUGCCAGAGAAGAAGGUGCUCUACUUCCUCCAGCAGCUGGCGUCCGCGUUGAAGUUCCUCCGCGAAAAAGGUGUAGUGCACAUGGACCUCAAGCCUCACAACCUGCUGUUGCACAAGGGCUCCGACGGGAAAUACAUAUUGAAAGUCGCCGAUUUCGGCUUCGCCCAACACAUGUCGUCAGAGUGGUCGCGCUCGGUGCGCGGCUCUCCUCUGUACAUGGCGCCCGAGAUGUACUCGGGGGAGUACGACGCCAGGGUCGAUCUGUGGAGCGUUGGCGUGAUCAUGUACGAGUGUCUGUUCGGGCGCGCGCCCUACAGCUCGGGCACCUUCAAGGAGCUCGUCGACAAGAUCCAGAAGCAGACGCCUAUUGAGAUCCCUCGCUCCGCGAGUAUCGCGAGCGGCUGCCGCGACCUGCUCACGCGGCUGCUGCAGCACGCGCCCGCGCGCCGCAUCUCCUACGAGGAGUUCUUCAGCCACCCCUACCUCGACCUCGACCACAUGCCCAGCCGGCAGAACUACGACAAGGCCGUGGGUCUGAUCAAGCAAGCCAUCGAGCUGGACUCGCUUGGCAAGCUGUCUCUGGCGUUCGAGGCAUACAGAGACGCGCUGCUGUUCCUGGUGCCUGCUGUAGGCACUGAGACUGACAGCUUGCGGAGGCAGGCGCUCACUGCCAAGCUGCAGAGUGCGGAGGCAGGCGCUCACUGCCAAGCUGCAGAGGUGAGUGUGAUAUACAGAGACGCGCUGCUGUUCCUGGUGCCUGCUGUAGGCACUGAGACUGACAGCUUGCGGAGGCAGGCGCUCACUGCCAAGCUGCAGAGGUACAUGGAGCGCGCGGAGGAGAUCAAACAGUACCUAAAGCACGGGGACUCUGUCCCGCCCGCAGUGCCGGCGGACGUGAGCACUCAGCAGACAGUAAUAAAGCCGUGCAGUACGCCCCCAUGUGAGAGCGAGGAGCGCGCGGCCGAGAGCGACGCUGAAGCUGAAGCUGAAGCUGCGCCGGAGGAACCUCCCCCACCCGCCCGCCGUGCCCCGCGCACGUCCGCGCUGCGGCGCCUGUUCAGCCGACAGCCCGUGCCCUACCUCACGGACGACGACUCCAGCAUCACACAAGACACGUCGGAGCGGAAGCCGACAGGUGAAGCUCAUGAGGGGUGCCGGAUAACGUGAUGUGUCCGGGGGCAGGCGGGCUCGGGGGAGAGCAUUAGUGAAGCCACGGAAUUUAUGACAAGACUGUGAUAUUCCAAACCGCCGGACCUCGAGUGUGCGGUCGAUCUCGGGGCUCCGCUAAAAUAUUUUGGUCAAAUUGAAAGAAAGUACAUAGUAGAAACUUUAUAAAGUGAAGAACGUGUUCGAGAAAUAAUAAAUUUUAUUAAUUUUGGAGUAAUGUUACACGAAAUUAUAUUAUACAAUAUACAUACAAACCUUUCUCUUUCCCUUUCAGUUUCGUAGUUUUAAAGACCUCUAAGCAUACAAGGGACAGACAGACAGCGUGAAACGACUUUGUUUUAUACUAUGUAGUGAUAUAUAACAUAUAAUGUAUAGUAAUGAUAAUUUAAUUCCAUAUUUUAUGCUCAAUCGGUUAAAGAUAUCUGCUGAAAAAUUGAGUCCCAAGAUUCCACCCGAACAUAUACAUACAUACAUUGCAAGUUAAUUACAGGCGCUCCACACUGUCGCCGAACUCGGACACACGCCGACGCGAAUGAACAUUGCGUGCUUAGUAUGAGAGCUUUUAUUUAUAUAAUGAAAACCAGCAAUGUAUCCGAAUCGGCCAACCUUCGACGAAUUGUGUCGCGAAUUAUCGCGACAGGACAAUGUUGUUAUUUUUCUGUUUUAUUUUGUGUUGUAAACAUAUGGCUAUGUAAAUUCCAUUAUAUACAGGGACUGCUAUGUGCGUAAUAUUAUUUAAAUACAUUAAUGUUUUUAUUA